UAGCCUCCGUCCAAUCACAGCGCUGCAAGCCAGAGGGCUUAAAGAGUUGCAGGAGUACACCUGUAUGUGCUAGCAGUGAGGAUCAGGACAGGUGUAAGCGACUUUGAUUAUCCACGCUUGAGACAAUGGGGGAUAAUUCAGGAGUUCGCUGUUUGCAAGUGAUUCUAAUAGUCGGCAAUGUGAUCACUGGGCUGGCUGGUCUAGCCCUGACGGCAGAGUGCAUCUUCUUUGUGUCAGACCAGAAUCGUCUCUACCCACUUCUCGAAGCAACCUACAAUGAUGACAUCUUUGCAGCUGCAUGGAUUGGCAUAUUCACUGGUUUCUGUUUUUUCUUGCUCUCCAUUUUGGGUAUUGUCGGCAUCAUGAAAUGUAACCGGAGGAUGUUGAUGGUGUAUUUAAUCCUGAUGUUCGUUGUUUUCUGCUUUGAAGUUGCAUCUGCUAUCGUUGCAGCAACACAGAGAGAUUUCUUCACUGAUAAUUUAUUCCUGAAACAAAUGUUAGAGUACUAUCAAAACAAAAGUGCCAGCAACAAUGACGAACAAUCCAAAGCGGACGGUGUGACAACCACCUGGAACAACCUGAUGCUUAUGAAAGAAUGUUGUGGUGUCAACGGACCUAAAGACUGGCAGGAGUACACCUCUGCGUUCCGCAAUAACAACGUUGACUCGGCCUUUCCUUGGCCUCUGCAAUGCUGUGUCAUGGAUGCUAAUGGACUACCAUUAAAUUUGCCGUCCUGCAGACUGGGAGUUGAUGGAUUUUUGCAUCUCUCAGGCUGCUAUAAUUACAUUUCUGGACCACUGAAUCGUCACGCUUGGGGUGUAGCAUGGUUCGGAUUUGCAAUUUUGUGCUGGACAUUCUGGGUGCUUCUUGGUACAAUGUUCUUCUGGGUCCGCAUUGAAUAUUAAAUUGCAUGAUUUCUUAAUCCUCUUGGAAAUUUUUAAGAAGCAAAUGACCUAAGAUCAUGUGGCCAAUAUGGAAGACAGGAUGUGAAGACCCUUUCCGGAAAUCCAAAGCAUUCUCUCCGACUGAUGAUAUGUUGGCCAGUGGACUUGUUUUUGGAGAGAGCAGGGCAGAACAGUUAAAAAAAAAAUGCUGCCUGAUAUUCACGGCUCUUUAUUUUUUUUAUUUUUAAGAGGGCUUAUGUCAUUGUGCUUG